GGCGGCCCCGCAGUCCAAGGGCGUCAAUGUCAAGAAGGCGCGGAAGGAGCUCUUCGCGUCCGAGCUCGGGUACAAGGACGAGAGCAACCCGUUCGGCGACGCGACGCUCACGGAGAAGUUCACGUGGAAGAAAAAGAACGAGUACUUGCAAGCGGCAGGACUCUUCAAGAAGUCGAGCGUCGAGCAGGACAUCUCCAGGAUGGAGACCAAGGUGCGAGAGAUCCACGCCGUGAAGAAGCGCCGCGACGAGCGCGAGGUGGAGAGGGAGCUGCUCGAGAAGCAGCGGGCGGAGCACGACCGGGAGCGGCACGACGAGGAGUUCGACGAGUGGAAGUCCAAGGAGGAGAAGUUCCACCUCGAGAACGCCAAGGCCCGCAGCAUGAUGCGCAUCGAGCAAGGGAGAGAACGGCCCAUCGACCUGGUUGCAAAGGCGCUCAUGAUCGCGGAGGGAGAGGAGUUCGAGGACAUGUCCCUUCUGGACAAGCCCCCGCACCAGCUCUUCGUCCAGCUGAGCAUGGAGGAGGUCGAGCAGGUGGGCGCCGAGGUGGAGAUCUUCAUCAAGACGGACCAGGCGCACCGGGAUUUCUGGAAGGCCAUGAUGGUGGUCGCCCAGGACGCGCUCGAGCAGAAGCAGCGCGAAAAGGCCGGCGGCAAGAGCGGCGACUUCGGCGCCGGGGUCGCAGAUGGCGUGGCGUCCGAGAUCCACGAGCUGCUGUGCUCGAAGGGCAGGCGAGAGCUCGAGGACAUGUUGGUGGAGAUCAAGCAGAGCAUCUCAAAGGGGUCCGAGGGCAUGGACACGCAGUUCUUCGACGCGGUCGCGGCGAAGAUCCCGCUCUACAUCGCGCGGGCGGAGAUCGAGUUGUGGCACCGCAAGGGGCAGGACAAAGCAGAGGCCUGGAAGAAGGCGCACGCGCCGGACCCCCUGGAGCUCGCGCCUCCCACGCCAGAGGAGGAGCAGGAGGACGAGGCGCCGAAGGGCGGCGGCAUGUGGGACGACCUCCCCUCGGGCCCCGCCGCCGGUGACGACCUCAGCCCGGUGCUCGAGCCGCUGAGCGCGCUGGACGAGGAGGCCGCCAAGGGCGCCUUCAGCCCGGUUCUGGAGCCCUUGCGGGACUUCGACCCCCAGGACCUGCUCGACCCUGAGGAGGACGAGCGGAUCAUGCGCCAGGUCCGCCAGACCAUCCGGAACGCCUUCGCCAGCGAGCCGACUGGCGGCGGCGGGUCCGCCGACGGCCUCGACAGGUCUGCGGAGGACGACAUGGUGGCCAGAGAGAGGCAGCGUGGCUACGGGAAGGACGAGUCCGGCUUCAACGCCAAGGGGAAGGGCACCGGCGACGACUUCCACGGCGAGCUGGACCUGCCCAAGAAGCAUUACGAGUGGGAGGACAAGUACAAGCCGAGGAAGCCGCGGUUCUUCAACCGCGUCAAGACGGGCUUCGAGUGGAACAAGCGCCCG